UGGAACCAGUCCUUUUCAAUGGAUGCCGCCAUACUAAACGAAUGUCUUAUUUUACGGCGAUUAAUUUCUAUAAAUACAGCUUUGUGUUAACUUGUAUUAAAAAAAUUCAACAAAAUUUUAACUUUGAAUAAAGUCAACCAGGGAAGUAUCAUAUUGUCUUAGCGUAUUAUAUCAUGGACGAGACAAAAUCACCAACUUCUUCGAUGGAGUCGACCGGGGAUACAAGUCGGCUCUUGAAAGAAUUGCUAGAUCUUCAGAAAUCAACAGCAUCAUCUAUGAUGAGUAUCGAUAGAUCAGUGACUAUAGGUGAUAGCAAUGAGAUCUUGCAUUCAAUACCUAGUAUGGGACAAACAACUGGAGACGGCACUGACCCUACUCUUACAGAAUUAAUAAAGACCAUGUAUGAUGAGGGAGCCCAUCAUCAACUAAUCACACUACAAGGGACAGAUACAGCCAACAGUUUCAGUGUUUAUGGUCAGGAGGUGGAUAUAAUAUCUAGCAAACAGGUGGCAAAAUCUCAGUCAUUGUCUGGCUCGACCGGAUCUAACAAGGUAAAGAUAACACCUGUAGUGAAUUAUGACUGGGAGAACAGAGCUUAUAUAGGAAAUCUUGUAGCUGUUCACAGGGGAAAUGUAUUUGUGGCUUAUGUCUUGAAAGGCAAGACUGGAGGUGUGGUAAGAAUAACAAACAGAAGGACAGCAGAGCGUCAUUUGUUAAAAGAUUUUGUGGGGCGUGUAAUAGAUCUAGCGUUCGCUCACACUGAUGAUAUUCUGCUUGCCGUGGUAGAUGAAAUAGGAAAUCUCUGUGUUUAUGAGCUUAAACAAGUGACAGAUGAUGGCAAAAUAACUUCCUCGAUGCUGUUACAUAUACAACGUCCGGAGACAACUCUGGUGAGUGAGUAUCAUCGUGUAAUAUGGUGUCCGUAUAUACCCGACGAUGCUGAUGAUAGUAGUGCCACAGAUUCCAGCACCCAGGAUAAUGCCAGCCGUGUACUUGUUCUUACAAAUGAUGAAAAGGUAUGACCAUUUGUUGUUUGUUUUAUCACUUAUUGAUCCUGUUCUGGACCUCUGUAUACCCGAGAUGUAGAAACCGGAUUGCAAUAGAAGAUCAAAAGUCAUGUAAAGCCCAUCAUGGACGCAGCAUUCUCUCCUGAUGGCACUGCUCUAGCUACAGCCAGUAUUGAUGGUGAAGUGAAGUUCUUCCAGGUGUACAUGCAUGAACAAACUUCUCCCAGAUGUUUACACCAGUGGAAACCACACAAUGGAAAGCCAAUGUCUUGUUUGUUCUUUUUAGAUGAUCAUAAAAACUGCAGCCCUGAAUUAAAAAACUGGAAGUUUUUAGCGUGUACUGGUCUUCCAAACAAUCAGGUUUCAAAAUUUAAGAUAUUUACAUGUGACUGGAACUAUUGGUGUCCCAAACGAAUCAGGUUUCUGUGUCCCAGGAUGGGCCCGUCUAAUUUUUUAGUGGGGCCAUGUAUGAAAGCUUCCAUAGACCUGGUAGUGGCCAAAUUCUUUGUUCUUUCUGAUAAAAAAGAAAAGGUCCUGUAUGUGCUACAAAUUCAUCAAGAUAGUGAACAGAAUACUGCUCAUGUAAGCUCAGUAUCAGAGUUUACUUUAGCCCAGCCUUGCCUGAGCUUUGCUAUAUUAGAUGCUGGUUACAAAGAGAUUAAAAAGUCUAAGGGAGAUGACUCUCAUCUAGAUGAAAUAACUACAGGAGAGAUCAUAAAGGAAGAUGUUGAUGAUGAAGAUAAGAAGGUUGAACAAAACACAUCCAGUAUCUCUGUACAGAUUAAACUUUACACCGUCCAUCCAAAGGCCUUACAGGAAUUGCUCAUCAGGUUCAAACCCGAGUCCUCCGCCCCACAGCCCCCACCACCAUCUGUCAGCUCAGUAUCACAGAGUGAAGGUGGGAUGGUAGAUGGGCUCUCUGACAUCAGCAUGAACAUGGAAGGUAGUGGAGAACAUAACAAGAGUGAUUCUUUCUCCGGAGCUGUCACAGAACAUGCCCUGGGACAACCUGUGCUUCUAACUCCAGAUGCUUUUACUUCUAGUCCUAGAAAGCAAUAUCCAGAGGACAGUAUGCUAGAUGGUGUCCGAGGCAGUAUGUCUAGCACCAGCAGUUUUACCCAGGUAUCUGCUAUGAAUGAUGACUUCCUGUCACCAAGGAGCAGCUCUGGUAGCACCAUUACCCAGACUCCAACCACGCCAAAAAAUGGAGCCCAGUCCCCAGCUACAUCCAAAAGUGAAACAACACCAUCCUCUAUCCCGCUCCCACCUAUUUCUUCCAGUGAAGAGCAUGAACUUGCUACUCCCACCUCCACUGCUAGAGAGCCAGAAGUAAGGGAAGCUACUCCAACACCUGAGGAGACACAGGAAGUAGAUGAUUUCUUCCAGCAGCAGACGACCGAGAAGCGCGACUUGCAGAUGGUAUCAUUGGACAGUACACAAAGUACAGGGGCAUAUGAAGUAUCAGAAGGAAGAAUACAUGGCAAGUCACAGAGUUCCUAUGACGAGAUGGAUGAGGAAGUGGCCGAGGUCAUGGGAGAGGACCAGGACGGGUAUUCUGAGGGGCCAACCGAGGGUACACAACCAUUUGAGGAAAGGGAGGAUACUGGUCAAGUAGGUGAGAGUACAGAAUCAAGUUUGAGGAUGUGGCCUAAACCACCUGAUGUUGGAGGCUCAAUCAAUGAGGUUGGAGAUGUUGAUGACACAGAGAAUGUUGAUGAAGAGGAAGAAGAAGGUGAAGAUGAUGACGACGAUGAUGAUGAUGUAGUGGUUGAAGAAGAAGAGGAGAAUGUAGUGGAGGGCGAGUCGGAGGGAGAAAAAGAGGGCGAUGCUGAUGAGGAAAUAGAAGAGGAGAUAGAGGAGGAACAAGAACCCUCCGAGGAAAGUAUGGAUAACAAGAGGGAACCAAUGGCAGCUCCUGUUGCAGGAUCGGGCUAUUCCUCUUCACCAAGAGACAAUAGACCAGUUGAAGUGAGAGAAAUACACAGAGAGACUAUUAGAGAAGUGUUUGACACAGCAGAAAUACAGAAGUUACAUUCCAGUAUGGCUGCCAUACUUCAAGCUAUACAGAAUCAACAACAACAACUGGAAUUUCUGAAACACAAUAUGUCUGCUCAACAAGAAAAUUAUCUUGAGUUACGACGUCGGCAGCUAGAACAGGAACAGUUACAUCAGGUAUCGGAAGGUGCUCAGCCAAGUAUAGAGGAACAUCUUGGUAAACUAGAGAACAUUGUUACAUCAAGGGUAGAAAGAUUGUUUAACCAACACUCACAGAAAGAAAAUCAGAGAGUACAGGAUAUAUUGAGACAAGCAGAGGCUCGUGAUGAACGUAAGCAAGAGAGAUUACAGAAUACAGUAGCUACGUCACUCGCACAGGCAGUAAACAGUCACAUGGAUAAAGUAGUUCGUAGCACUAUUGUUCCCAGUAUAACAAAAGUAUUGGAACCUGUAAAAGACCAGAUACAUCAAGACAUGACACAGAAACUGACAGCAGCUGAUUCCCUCAUCAGAGAAAAUGCUUCCCACAUUGCCAAGACAUUCAGAUCACGGCAAACAGUAGAGGCUGUGGGUGUGGCAGCAGGCAAUGCCAUACAGGCACCAAUGCAGGCUGCAUAUCGAGAAGCAUUCCAGAAUAUUGUUAUACCUUCAUUUGAGAGAACUACACAAAACAUGUACCAGCAAGUUACAGAUACCUUCCAGAGGGGUACAAAAGAAUAUACUAGACAACUGGAAUCACAUCUCGACAGUAUUCGACAGAAACAUGUAGAAGCACGUGAUCCAGUUGUAGCAGAAUUACGAAAACUUACUGAUUCCUUCCAAACCUCAGCUGAACAAAUGAAAUCUCAUGUGAUAGCAACAAUACAAUCUCAACUCAGUAAUGAAGUCCAUAAAUCUCUAUCAAGGUUACAAGAUGAUAUGUCCCAGUAUGUGAGGGAAGCUGUGAGGGAAGAGGUAGCGGUUGCUAUGAGGGAGCAGGGAAGCUCCAUCAGUGAUAGUGUUCUUAAUGCUAUGAGGUCAGGGGCAGUGACACCAAUGAGAGCGACCCCUGACCCUCAGGUAGAGAAAACACACAUACUGAAUCUGUUACGACAAGGGCAGCUAAAUGCAGCAUUUCAGCAGGCAUUGUCAGCGGCUAACCUUGAACUUGUGAUGAGUCUAUGUGAGACAGUAAAUCCAUCACAAGUUUUCAACCAGCAACCAUGUCCGUUACAUCAGCCUGUCCUCCUAUCACUCAUACAGCAGCUGUCAGCUGAUCUAGAGAAUCAUACAGAUCUUAAAUACAAAUACUUGGAAGAAGCUGUGAUGAACCUUGACCCCCAUGAUUCUGUCACACAGGAACAUAUGAAAGGAGUGUUGUAUGCCCUAAACCAAAAACUAAGAAUAUAUAUCCCAGCUCACCCUAAUGACAAGGUGACAAGAUCACUGAAAAUGUUACUCAUGGCCUCAGAGUCCUUGAUCAAAUAAAUUGGUGCUUUCUUCUUCAUUACUAUCAUUCAUAAAUGGUGUAAAAGUAAAAAUUGAUGAUUUAAAGUGUGAAAAUGGUAAAAUAUGAGAAAAUUGGAAAAUGAAGUGUGAUGGUUCAAGGAUCUGAAGUUCAAAAGACUGGAGUAGUUAAUAAUUGAAAGGACUUGGUGAACUAUAAAAGGUUUUUAAAAAAACAUUCAAUCUUCAAAUGUAACAUGAUGUGUCUGUUAAUUUAAGAACAGAAUAAUCAGUUCAGCAUUCAUUUUGUAGAAUCCAUGUUAUUGUUUAAUCACCUUUAUCAGUUGCAAGUUCAAAAUAGUUCAAGACUUGUAUUAGCAUAUUCUGUUAGAAGUUUGUAUUCUUAUUAAUGUUAACAAAUAAAUAAUAUGUACUGAUAUAAUUCACAGGAGAGUAAAACUGUACCCUGUUAGUUGAUACUAUUAUGUUUAUUAUUUGACUUAAUAAAUGAUUUGGCAACAUUAUGCUGUUAGUAAGAUUUUUUUUCUUAAGAGUUGACCUUGUUUUGUUGUUUUCUUUUUACAAAGAUUUUCAAAUAAUGUCAGUUUGUUGUUAGAUCUGUGUUACAUAUCAACAGUACUAACUUAAAAGGUAAUAAAGUGAAACUUGUGCUUAGUUUUUAGUUUUGUCUUAAGAUUAUUUUUUUUGGAGAUAUUUUUGAUUAAAUGCCUCAUUUAGUUGUAGGUUCAUUUUAGUUGAGCAGUUAAGAGUUAUGUAGGUUUUGUACACAGUACCAAAGUUAUUUCAUAUUUUGUUACAAUGUAGUUUUGUAUAUAUUUUUGUUUUAACUGAGAAUAGAAAAUUAGCAGAUGGCUAAAUUAAAGUAUUAAAAACUCAUUA